CUGAUUUAAAAAUAACUUGGCGCAAAAAGUUCAGCACUGAAAGAGGGCGUGUCAUGAUAAAAACUGGUUAACUGGUUAACUUUUUUUGCAGAAAAUGAAAUAGUUCAUCACGUGAAGCCAUGUCGAAUGCAAGACCAAUCUGCAGAACUCAGAAGGUCUGACGGACAUGAAAAGGAUGGCGAAGCAUGCCAGUCCACUGAUUGUAUGCUUUGCAUUGCUUUUUAUAGGAAGUACACAAGCACAUGUUUUACCGACAGAUAAUGAGGAAUGUACGCCAUACGACCCUUACAACGGAGCCAAAAGACGAACGAACAUGUUUAAUUUGACCAUUCAAGAAACAGAUUACCUAGCUGAUAAGUUGCAGACUAUCAUUCUGCCUCUGCACGGUAGCGGACUGACGUUCACAACUCCGUAUCCGCCAGAUCAAGGCAUUGCAGAUACAUAUGGCAUACAGUUCUACCGAGAUACUACUGGCUAUAAUGUCAUUGCGAUUGAUAAUGAGAUCAACAGGGAUGGGAUUGAUGCAGAACCAAACGACGACUUGGAUAUUAUUGUUUUAAAUUUCUUUUGUGAAUACACACAAGGCACCAAUACGUUUGUGCGAUUAUUCACAGUGAAUCUAUUAAUUGAUGACGCCAACGAUAAUUCUCCUGAAUUCCAAGAUGCUCCAUACAGCGUCAGCAUUAAAGAGGCACUGCCGAUCACCAACAAAAUAUUUGACAAAAUUAAGGCUUCUGACAAGGACGCCAAUCAAAACAAGGAAAUCCGAUUUACGAUAGGUUCUGGGCAAGAUUACCCUCCGGGCAAUCCCGUAUACGAAAUGCCAGACAGUGGGUUGGGUGAAAUAUAUCUUUUUCGUGCUUUGGACUAUGAGGCUUUGUAUGAUGACGGACAGACACAGUUUCUUUUGGAAAUCCAUGCAAGAGACAACAAUGUUGAUGCGGCGCUUCGGAAGACAUCAACGCAAACUUUGACAAUAAAUGUUGAAGACAGCGAUGAUCUUAGCCCAACCUUCUACUAUCCUAACUGUAGGCAAGUCCAGGGGCUCGCCAAUUCCUGCGUCGUUGCUGCAUAUUCAGCUUCCAUUACGUCAGGAAAUACGGGAGUCUUAACAGUUGUUCCCUUGAUCGAUGGAACAGAGACCACGCCUGGGACCAUUCAGGCUUUCGACUUGGAUCGGCUGAAUGCCCAAAUCAACUUUGUGAUUGAGAAAACUAUCCCCGCCGGUUACGAGAAUCGAUUUACAAUAGCAAGUUGGGGACCUUCAGCGGUAACCGGACUUACGGGUCGCGAUGUUUAUUCUGCAGCAGUUGCACAAAUCUCGCCGAUUAAUCGACAGGACCUCAGAAGCUUCGAUAUCAUUUUGAGGGCCGAGCAAGUUGAUGACCCGACCAAAUAUCAAACAGCUUUGAUAAAGACCAAGGUUGAGGCUAACAACGUGAAUGAUCCCGAGAUGUAUUCAAACUCGUGCAGCUUCAAUGCAUACAUCUUUGGGGGGAACGAUAUCGGGGAAACUGUGCGGGCUAUAAGCAAUGCGCCCAGUCCAGUUGCCUUCCAAAUUUUCGUUACUGAUCUUGAUGUGACUGCCGGCGAUGACCAGAGCUUCAUUUACGAAAUUGUGGGAAACAAUGUACCGUUUGGCAUUGAACCAGCUGGACCCAACAGGGUUAAAAUAUACGCAACACAGUCACUGGACAGGGAAACUGUACCCGCGUACUCUUUCACUGUACGAGUGACUGAAAACCUCCAGUCGGGUGCCCGAUCGGCAGAACAGGUCGUGCAGGUGACUGUGUUGGAUGUCAAUGACAACGACCCUCAAUUUCCGAAUGGCGGACAAAACUUUCAAGGCAGCAUCUUGGAGGGAGAACAUCAUCAUUAUCAUCAUCAUUAUCAUCAUUACCACCAUCAUCAGCACCAUCAUCAUGAUGAUCAGCAGCAGGAGCGGCAGUAGCAUCAUCACCAUCAUCAUGAUGAGCAGUAGCAGGAGCGGCAUCAUCAUCAUCAUCAUCAUCAUCAUCAUCAUCAUCAUCUACCUUAGCAACAAAUAUCGAUAUGAAUGACAAACACUCACACGUGCCUCCGUGACGCUUAUUUCCCACACCGGAAGUUGACGAAUGAUGUCACGUGGUACGACAGCUUUGACGUCAGUGACUCGGGCUCUUAACAGGCCUAUCCUGACACGUAAAGCGUCUAGGCGGAUGUUGAAACGUUUUAAUCGACAACGGUUACAGCAAUGCAUCUAGACUUUAUUAUGUA